AAUAAUAAUAAUGAACCAAAUUCAAAUAAUCUCCGUCAAUGUUGUUCUCCUGACAUUAAAAAUAACACAUUUAUUUCCAGAACCUUUUUGUAAAAGAUCACAUCGAUUAAAACUUAACGUUAGCAGGAUACAGUAGCUAUCUGCGGCUCUGUGUUUGGCCUAAAAGUCAAACUCGGCUAUCCCCCCUUCAACUUUCCUUCCCCGCUGCCUCCCUUGACUCGCCGCAACUGCAUAAACCAUUUUCAAGGAUUUUGUACUCAUCUCUCUUUUGAGCUGCGAGGCCAUUUGCGCACAUUUGGCGCAAGACCACUCUCUCGAACAAGCUUUUUAAAGACACUUCCUGUUAGCGAUCAAUCAGCGACGCCUUCAUGGUUUCCAUGGGGCUGUUUACAACAACUGCUGCGUCCCUCUCUGCCAACUAGCUAGCAAGCUAAACGUUGAUAAGGCGACGUAACAAAUGUUUUGGAAACGAAUCCUAACCAUUUAUAAAUGGUUGUUAACCAACGUCACCAUUAAGCGAAGAGAGGUUCUUUAUGGGUGGGCGAGCUAAGUAAAGAGGCUUACCUCCCGUUAGUUGGUUAACACAUCUAAGAAGAGGACGAAGAGCCAUCACAUAAAGCGAGUGUCAACAUUUCCAAGAUGAGUGAGCAGUUGAAAUUCAUCGUCGAACAACUCAACAAAGACCCGUUCAAGAAAAACUUAAACCUCAUCACGUUUGACUGCCUCGAACCGAUGCAGCUGCUGCAGAUUUUAAACGAUGUUCUGGCUGAAAUAGACCCAAAGCAAACCAUAGAUAUACGUGAAGAGCUGCCUGAACAAACUGUGAAGAGGAUGUCUGCUCUGCUUGGGAUGUUGAAAUACCGGCCUCCUGGCCACCUCUCCGAUGUGAGCACCUUCAGACAGGGUCUGGUGACAGGCAGCAAACCUGUGGUCCACCCCAUCCUCCACUGGCUGCUGCAGAGGCUCCCUGAGCUGAAGAAGAGGGCUUACCUGGCACGCUUCCUCGUCAAACUGGAGGUGCCUGCAGAGUUUCUGCAGGAUGAUGUCAUCAACGAAACCUAUCGCCAGUAUGAAGAGCUGGUGGAAGAAUUUAAGACAUGUCACAAGGAGUGCGAACAGUUGAGGACGUCAGGUUUCUCCACAGCGGAAAUCAGAAAGGACAUUGGUGCGAUGGAGGAAGAGAAAGACCAACUGAUCAAACGUGUCGAGAGGCUGAAGAAGAGGGUGGAGUCAGUGCCCAACCACCAAAAGAUGCUGGACCUGGCCAGACAGCUGCGAGUGGAGAAUGAGAGGAAGGAGUCACUGGCUCACCAGAAGCAAGAACAGAGGAACCAACUGUUCCAGGCAGAGCAGAGACUGCAGAGAUCACAGCAGCAGCUGAAGGAUUUGCAGCAGGCGGCAGCAGAUGCCAAUCCAGACAGUUUAAUGAAAAGACUUGAAGAGGAGAUCAAGUUCAACUCCUACAUGGUCUCUGAGAAACUCCCCAAAGAGCUGGAGGGCAUGAGGCGCACGGUGCAGUAUCUUCAGAAGGUGGCAUCAGAGCCUGCCAUGGGCCAGGCCGAUCUCCAGGAGCUAAAGGACAAGAUUAGAGAAGCUGAUUUGCAGAUAAACCAGCUGAUUGAGAAGAGGAUGAUGAGAAAUGACCCCAUGGACGACAAACUGACUCUUUACAGGCAACAGGCUUCCAUCAUCAUUCGAAGAAAGGAGUCCAAAGCAGAGGAGCUUCAGGAAGCGAGGGAGGAGCUGGCCACCGCAGAGAGAGAGCUGAGGCAGAGGAGCAGCCAGACACAAUCCUCCGAUGGGGAAGAGGUCAUCCGUGGUGAUGAGCUGAAGCGUUUGGUGGUGAAAUUACGGAGCAAGGGAACCAUGUACAAGAAGAAACGGCAGGAACUUGCUGAGCUGAAAGCAGAAUAUGGAGUCCUGCAACGGACUGAGGAGAUUCUCAAGCAGAGACAUGAGACUGUUCAACAGAAACUGCAAACAUUGGAAGCUGAGAAAGGAAUCUCUGGCUACAGUGACACUCAGGAGGAACUGGAGCGGGUGUCUGCCAUCAAGAGCGAGCUGGACGAAAAGAAGGGCCGCACACUGGACGACAUGUCUGAAAUGGUGAAGAAAUUAAACUCUAUGAUAGUGGAGAAGAAGUCGGCUCUAGCUCCAGUCAUUAAAGAACUGAGGUCACUGAGACAGCAGAGUCAGGAGCUGAACCAGGAAUAUGAGGAAAAGAAGAUGCAAUUUGAAAGUUGUGCUGCUGGUCUUGAGAGCAACCGAUCUAAAUUGGAGCAGGACGUGAAAGCAUUGAGAGAAGAGACGGCACAACAGGAAAACCAAUAUCAUCAUAUUAACUCCAUGUCGAAGAUCACUGAGGUGCAGAUACAGCGGGCGGCUGAUGAGAUGAAGGCCUACGUGUCCUCUGAUCCACAAGAGAGGAAGAAGACCAUCAGGGAGGUGUACAAGAAGAACAUCUCAGAACAGGAGUUACUUGGAAAGAGGUUACGUGAGAAGCAGAAGAUGGUGAGGGAGAGCCACAGCACCAACAUGGAGCAAAUGAAGAUGUGGCGGGACCUGGAGCAGCUGAUGGAGUGCAAGAGGCAGUGCUUCAUACGAGCACAGAGCCAGGCAUCUAUUGGUCAAGUCAUCCAGGAAGGAGGAGAGGAUAGGCUGGUGUUGUGAAUGUUUAGAAAGGUUCAACUACAGUUCACCCACAGUACAUUCACUACGAUGAGUUCAGCUUAUUGUUCUAACAUGUCCUAUGAGGUCAAAUUCUUUUUACAAUAUAGGGUAGUUAAACAUCAAGUUUGAUUGUACUAUAGUAGAUGCAAAUAACAGGUACAAGGUUUAGGUCACUUUGUUCAUGGGGUUCAUUUGUCCCUACAACUUGUCUGUUACACACUCCCAUCGAGUUUCGCUUGAUAGUUAUCUUGUGUAACCAGUCACUUCUUGUGGUGACACAGUUUAAGAUGCUUUGUGAAUCCACAACUCUCAAAAACCCACGUAUCAGGGGGUGUUGCAUGGUUUUGACUUUCUCUGUCCCACUGGAAACUUCUUUUUGAGGCAUCGCAAAGAUUACACUUUCAAUCAGUGUCCAGAGAUAACACCAUACAAAGUAGUGCAUUUGGGAAAUGACCCUGGUCAACUAACGACAACCAUGACUUUGGACAGGAUGUCUUGCCAGCUUUGGAAUUCACUUGGACAGUGUGGAUGAAAUAGUCAGAUUAUUCUGCUUGUUUCUUUUUAUUUUUAUAAUUUUUCUAUAAUAGAUCCAUAUUUCUAGAUAACCUUUGACAUUUAAGAAAUCCAGUUUGAUAUUUUGGUUUUCUAUCUCCAAUAAAUGUAUUUUACAUUCA